AACUAGUUCACACGCCCACGAACUGGUUAAUUGUUACUCAUCGCUUCCAGUUCCAGGUCAACAAAAAUUGCAAUAUAAAAACCAUAUUGUUUAUGUGGAAAGCGACGGCCGUGUCAAGUGAAAGAAGUGAACGUUAAUAUCAAGCACACCAAUGCGGGUUGCAACUCUCCGUGUGCGAGUUUAGGAACUCCAGAUUGCAUAUUUCCCUGUCCUUCGAGUGGUGAAACAUCGCUUUCAAUUUCAUCGCCAUCUAAAACAUAUGUAAGCCCCAUCUUCAACAGGAGCAAGGUGUCAGAAAACAUUUGACAACUGAAGCGGGUCUUCAGUUCGAUAGAGUUCUACAAUCUAUAAUACUUAAAGUGAGUAAGUGAUACCCCGCGCAUCAGCAAUAGUCUAGCACCCAAACACGCUUACUGAUCACCUGGAUGCCCGGCUUUCACCUCAAUGAGAUGGGUGAAAUGGUCCUGGACGCCAUCGACGACAUCGGCGUGGUCGAUGUGUACGAUUUGGCUUCGGACAUUGGCAAAGAGUAUGAGAGGAUUAUGGAUCGAUUCGGCACGGACGCCGUCAACAGGCUGAUGCCAAAAAUCAUAAACACCUUAGAACUACUGGAGGCGCUUGCUACAAAGAACGAGCGCGAGAACACGACUAUCCAGGAGCUGCGGGACAAGGUGGCUCAGCUUGAGAGCGAAAAGCUAGAGAAGGCCGAGUUUCGACGGCGAUUCGACAAGGAGCUAGAGUUGAUCGAGGAGCAGUGGCGCACUGAGACCAACGAACUCGUCGACCUAGUCUCCUCGCUGCAGGAUGAGAACAAGAGGCUGGUGAAACAGACACAGGACCUGCAGUCCUCAUCCACCCAGAGCUCCGGCCUGGGCGCCAGUCUUACCGAGAGCAUCAUUAGUAUGACAAACCACGAACUGCACGGCGCUCUUUCGGACACCCAAGUGCUGCAAAGGCUAAAGGAGCAGAUAUACAAGCAACGAGAUGAUCUAAAACACCGCGAGCGGGAGCUGCAGGACAAGUACAGCGAGCUGGAGCACCUCAAUAUUCAGGCGGAGCGAUUGAAGGCCUCUGAGCGUGACACUCGGCGACGCCACAAGCUGAUGCAGGCCCAGGUAAAGACGCUCUGCGAGGAGCGUGCAGACUUUCUGGCUCAACUGCAGGACCAGAGUCGGGAAAUCAACCAAUUGCGCAAGCGACUUGGUUUGGCUGAAAAGGAAAAUGAAGAUCUAGUAGCCUCGUACGAUGACGGCCAAAACGAUCCAAAUCGGCCACGGUACACCACACGCGAGCUCAAGGAGCUUAUCAGCGAGCGCGAUGACUUGUUAACCACUAUCGACAUCCUCAACGAACAGCUGGCUGAGUUGAAGCCGCCCAGCCAGUCAAAGGCCAAGCGGCAGCGCCACUUCUCCAGUUCAGACGAAAGCGACGAGGGGGAUGAUAGUCACGUGGCGGGCAACGACGACGAUGAGGAUGCUACCGAGGCGGGAGAACUGGAGCCACCCGUAGCCAGUGAAACGCCACCUGGACACGAUGCACCUGUGCAGGGGCCGCUGCCCUACGAGCCGGACGAUGCUCCCUGGAAGAAAAGCUCAGAGUCAGGAAUUCGCAAGUUCUUCCGGAAACUGUUCUCGGACCCAUCGGACGGCAACAACACAUUCCCGAAACGUUCUUUAGCAACGCUCUCAAAGAUGGCGCUGUCGGCUACGCCAGGUUCCGUUUCUGCCUCCGCAGUGACGAAUUUAGGCAAUAGCCUGUAUCUGACCUUGUCCCUCGCUAUUUACGUGCUCCGCCUGAGCUGUACAUACAUAGUUUACAUACUCGAUUGCUGUGCUCUUGUAAUUCUUUGUUGUUACUCGAUUUUUUUUAAGUAAUAGUCUUUUUUCGUUAACCGAAUCUGUACUGGAAUCCACAAGAAUCCACUUUGUAUCCUUUGUACUUUCGAUGCAUUCUAACUUGAUUAACGUCUACCAAAUAAGAUUCCAAACAUUCAACAGCCCAUACAUAAAAAGUGUUGCAAAAAAAAGAACAAGUGCGUGAAAAGUUUGUCGAGUGAGUUUUAGAGAAUUUAGCAAAUAACAAAAAAGACAAAAACGCCCAAACAUUGAGGGGUAAUGAAAACAAAACUUUAAGAGACAAUCUGGGAGCCCAGAUCUUGGAGAACGCAAGAAGAUAAAGAUUUGUUUCAAUUAUAAAAUA